AUGAUUGGGCGGGCUCUCCCAUCGUCCCCGGUAACUGACAAACGACUGGCCGUCCUGGCUGUCCAAGAGGCACACCUCACACCCGAACGCAUUGAUAAUCUAAACGAACUUUUCGCCUCGUCCCUCCUGAUCCUUGGAUCCCCAGACCCCGAAAACGGAGCGGGCGCGCGCGGUGUCGCCUUCGCAAUUAACAAGAGAUACUUAGCCGGCCGCGACUGCAAAAUGGACGUUCUCGUGCCAGGUCGUGCGGCGAGUAUCGCUUUUCCGUGGACAAAGGAUAAAUUCCUUCACAUUACUAAUAUCUAUGCGCCGAACGCUACACAAGAUAAUGCAGCUUUCUGGGUUUCCCUCGAAACGACCUGGGCCGCGCCGGGACGACCACGUCCAGACGUGAUGCUUGGAGACUUCAACAUGGUCGAGAAUGCACGCGAUCGGAUUCCAGAACGAGCGGACCCGGACUCUGUCACCCGCGCGCUGACCUCGCUCCUCGUUGCCACAGAUCUACAGGACUCCUGGCGAGAGGCACACCCUAACGAGCGCGUCUUUACCUUCCGUCAAGCACGCUCCGCGAGCCAGUCAAGGCUAGACCGCAUCUAUGUCAAGAGAGCGCUGAGAAACGCGACGGCCGACUGGGACGUGGACAGCCCCGGACCCUUGUCUGACCACCUUUUAGUCUCGCUCUCGAUCGCGAACUACCACGCGCCGCACGUAGGCACUGGCAGGUGGAAAAUUCCGCUGUCCAUACUGGACGACCCUGUCUUCAUGAAGUCCAUGCGAGAACUAGGCCUCGAAUUGAAGGACAACUUGAACAACCUUGUCGCGCGGUCCGACGAAGAGAAUCCGCAAACUAUCUUCCAUACUUUUAAGACAAAACUGGCAAACGCAGCUCGGACGCGCGCAAAGCAAUGGAUGCCGAAAAUCGACCAGAAAAUCGCGGCUCUCAAAGAGCAGCAGCGUGCCGCUCAAAACCCGGCGCGUCCGAACGGCGGCACGGGACUGGACGGCUGGAGAGAAAAUCGGACAGUACUGGAUGCGCCAGAAUGCGCCAGCAAGGGCGGACAGCACGAUAUACGAGCUACAACGACUGAAUGA